CGCCCCUCUCAAAUCUCUCGUUGCCCUUUUUCUCUGCUCUCCAUCCCUCUCUUUAAUCCCUUUCGGAGCCCCGCUUCUCUCUGGGCUCCGGCCGUGAGGUCCGUCCAUCCGCCGUCAUGACGACCGGAGUGGCGGAUUCCGAUCACCCCCACGCCGUCUUUCUCCCGUUCUCGCCCCAUUCGCUGUCUCUUCUCUUUUUACAGUUUUAGCCCUGAGCAUUUCGUCUUUUCACAUCCUCAUCUGGCCAUCUGGGUUUGGUCUCUGCUGUCCCUUUCUUUCUAUAUUGAUUGAUUUCUCUUUCGGCGUUUCUUGUGACGUGGCGCGAACAGGACGGCUAGGAUGUCGAGCCACGCGCAUCCCGGAUCGACACUUGGGGCGUCGAGGAAGCGGAAGGACCGGGACGGGUCCGACCCCCCUCGGACCCAGAUGCCACCCAAGUUCGAGCCCAACUCUUCAGCGGCGGCGGCGGCGGCCGCGGCUCGCCCGGCUCUGGCUAGCAACCGGCUUCUAGCCGGUUACCUGGCCCACGAGUUCCUCACCAAGGGGACCCUCUUCGGCCGGCGCUGGGAGCCGGGCCGGUCCGAACCGGGGAGGAGCCCGGAACCGCCGGUCCGGGCCGAGCCGGAUCCGGCCAAGCCGCCGAGGGCAUACGUGGAGGUUUCGCAAAUGCUGAAGGCGGAAGGUGUCCAUAUUCCAGGAGUCGUCAACCCAACGCAGCUGGCUCGGUGGCUCAAGAUGUGAGAAAGGAGAGCUCGCGGGACACCGCACCGUUCGGAACGCUACGUGGCGUGGAUCUCCUGGUGGUCGGACGGCUGCUCGCUGCAUGCAUGAGUCUCGAGGUGGUGAGCGAACCGAGAUACACAAAAAUGGAAGGGAAAGAAAGGGAAUGAGAAUGCCCCAAGAAAAAAUCGAGCUUUCGCUUUUUCUAUCUUUUCCUGCAUUGAAACUGGCUUUUAAUUUGUUUUUUGGUCAUAAAUAUUUAAGGAUGGAAUGGUAGGAUCAUUGUUUAAGUUUGCAUUUGUGAAUCUAUUGGUGUGUC